AUGCCUUGGAACCUAGCAAUGCCAUCUUGAUGGAUGGCGCAACAGCAGCUAGGAAAGAUCGAAUCACUGAGAAAAUCAAGCAAGCGAAUUCAGCAUCGGAUCGAAUUGCUCGACACACAAUCCAAAACCGAGUUUGUGGAACUCCAGUCUCAAUUGGAACAACUUUUGCAUGCCCUCAUACCACCCCUUUCUGCCAAGGUGGAGUCGUUGAGUGAACCGGCACCACCGAUGAACCAUCUUGACAUGAAUAGUGAGAGUAUAGCGCAAGAAGGCAGCUUACUCGAGCCGACCGAAGCCCGAAUUGAGAACGGUGAGCGGUUGAUCACAACAGGAACCACAGAUAGAAGAUGGACGAACAACUGGCCGAUUUUACAACGAUUGAAGAGGGUAUUACAGUCCAGUACGACUACCGGAGCACUCACACAAACAACGGAUCGCAAGUCAAACGCUAGGAAUAUCAAAAAGGCUGAAUUGAUGUCCAAGCGCAUCCUUCAAGCGGACGUAGCUUCGCGCAAACACUUCGCUGUCGACGAGCCUAUUAAACCUGGCCACGGUGCACUGCCAGAAGUUAACCCCGCGAUCGAUGCUACGAAGGAAGAGAGCCCAAGUACUUCGCAAAAAUCCCACAGAGAUGUCUUACACAUUUUUCUAAGUCACACAGCUUCAACGAAGAUUGACCGAUGGAAUGCUCUACAACGAACACUAAUUCGUUAUCAAGCUGAAAACCAUCUGGUUGAAGCGGACGCAAAGUUCCUGGUUGGAUUUUUGAAAACUCUCUAUCUUCUGGGUGACUUUGCUCAUGAGUACCAAUUAAUGCCUGCGAAUUUCCUCAAGAAUAUUGAGCUCUUCAAACCAACAACUCUCUUCAAAAUGAUUGAGUACCACAUUGAUCUCCUGUUCAGCAAGUGGCACCAGAAGUUUUUCGACAUUCCCGGCUCUAUGGCUCCUCACAUAGACUUCUUAUCGACUGGCGUGGGCGCCAAACACUUUAGCAGAUUCAUAGGAGAUCUUCCUGAAGAAAAGCGUGGGGAUCUCGUCUACCUUGUUUUACGUACCAUCCUGCGACAUUUUGAUCGCCCGAACUCGAAUAAAAAAUUUGACACGAUUCGGGAAGAAUUGAUUCAAAGCGAUUUUCUUGAGCAAAUCCAUACCCUUUCCUCGGCAUUAAAGAAAGCAGAACCAGGGGAAGACGCCCUGCCUAACGUCCAAAAUCAUCGAAUCGCUCGUGUGGUAGAAUUGGCGAUCGAACUUUUCGAAAACCCUUCGAGUGAGACUGGGAAGACAGAGAGACUGGAAUUCCAAUUGGUUUAUUACUUUAUCAAUUUUCUUCAACAAUACCACCAAGCACUCAUCAAGAUAAUUGUGCAUCAGGAACCCCGGUAUAACCUCUUUCAAAAAAAGCUCAUUUUCAUGGGGAGUUACCUCAACUUUUAUCGCAAUAAUUUUGAAAAUUAUAUGCAUUUUCUACAACCCGGACGCGAUCUCACUUUUAACCAAAUUGUUCAAGAUAGUAGACGCGAUAAUCGUGGCUUGCAUAAUUGGAUUGUCAAAGUCAUGCACGAAGUAAUCCAGCACAACUCGGACCGUGACUUCAUCUUCCUAGUCACACCAAACAUGGAUCUUUGGAUGGGCCAAGUAUGCUGGAGAUGUGAUCGCCCUCCGUGGCAAUGUCCCGCGUCUUGCCAUCGGCCCGACUACAUAAAAGAGGAGGGUGAUUGGUUACUUUUCAAUUGA